AUGAUGAAAUGGAAGCUGCGUUGGGAUUCUCCGAUGCUGGGAAAUCUCUUCUCCUCCUUCCCUUGUUGUGGUGUCUUACCACUUGAUGAGAUCUGUAUAGAACAUGGAAAGGAGAUUCCUACAGGACCCCACAUGUGGGACAUGGUGAAGGGACCCCCUAUAGACCACAUGUGGGAAAUGGUGAAGGGAUCAUGUGUGGGAGACGGUGAUGAGAUCUCUGAGACCACUCAUGGGGAGACCGUAAUGAGAUCUGAGACCACUUAUAGGAAAUGGUGGAGAGAUGAAAGGAAGGACCACGAGAUAGACAGUCUUUCUGCUCACCUGCAGCUAACGUUCACCGGCUUCUUCCAUAAGAGUGAUAAACCAGCUCAGAACUCUGAGAAUGAACAAAGCUCCGUCACACUGGAGGUCCUCCUUGUCAAAGUCUGCCACAAAAAGCGCAAGGACGUGAGCUGCCCCAUCAGACAGGUCCCCACCGGGAAGAAACAGGUGCCUUUAAAUCCUGACCUCAGCUCUUCGAAACCCAUCAACUUCCCCUCGCUGGCCGUCUCCAGCAACGAGUUUGAACCCAGCAACAGCCACAUGGUGAAAUCCUAUUCUCUGCUCUUCCGAGUCACCCGGCAGGGUCACCGCGACUACAACGGCUUGUCCAAUGGAGAGACCAAUGAGAACAUAGAUGUCACAGAGGACCCUCCCACCAGAAGGAAACGCCACGCCUCCAGCCGGGACGACGACAAGUUGUUUGUGGCGCAGAUGACGGUGUUUGACAAGAACAGGCGUCUCCAGCUACUGGACGGUGAAUAUGAAGUCGCCAUGCAGGAGAUGGAGGAUUGUCCUGCCAGUAAGAAGAGGGCCACAUGGGAGACCAUCCUUGAUGGCAAGCGCUUGCCUCCCUUUGAGACCUUUUCUCAGGGUCCAACCCUACAGUUUACCCUACGAUGGACAAGUGACACGCCAGAUAAAUCCACCGCGCCAAUCGCCAAGCCUCUCUCAACACGCAACUCUGAAAGCGUCCCCCAAGAACACAGGCCGGCAACUGUCAAACCUCCACAGACUAUAGCAGUGAAGGAGUCUGUGUCCUCCGAUCUUCCAUCAAAGAGAGAGAAGGAUGUCUCCACCGAGUCUCGCCAGAAGCUGCGCAUAUUUUACCAGUUUUUAUACAACAACAACACUCGCCAGCAGACGGAGGCCAGAGACGACCUGCAUUGUCCGUGGUGCACGCUUAAUUGUCGCAAACUCUAUAGUUUGCUGAAACACCUGAAACUAUGUCACAGCCGCUUCAUCUUCAAUUAUGUGUAUCACCCCAAAGGUGCCCGGAUCGAUGUCUCGAUCAAUGAGUGCUACGAUGGAUCGUAUGCUGGGAACCCUCAGGACAUUCAUCGCCAGCCAGGAUUUGCGUUUAGUCGGAAUGGGCCUGUGAAGAGGACCCCCAUAACUCACAUCCUUGUGUGCAGGCCAAAGCGCACCAAAGCCAGCAUGUCCGAGUUCUACGAGUCGGAGGAUGGGGAGGUGGAGCAGCAAAGGACAUACAGCAGCGGCCAUAACAGACUGUACUUCCACAGUGACACCUGCCUUCCUCUCCGACCCCAGGAGAUGGAGGUGGACAGCGAGGAUGAGAAGGACCCCGAGUGGCUGAGGGAGAAAACCAUCACUCAAAUUGAGGAGUUCUCUGAUGUCAAUGAAGGGGAGAAGGAAGUGAUGAAGAUGUGGAACCUGCAUGUCAUGAAGCACGGGUUCAUCGCCGACAAUCAGAUGAAUCACGGCUGCAUGCUGUUUGUGGAGAACUAUGGACAGAGAAUCAUUGAGAAGAAUCUGUGCCGUAACUUCAUGCUCCACCUGGUCAGUAUGCACGACUUCAACCUGAUCAACAUCGCCACCAUAGACAAAGCUGUGUCCAAACUCCGAGUCAUGCAGUACAAGAUGGAGAGGGGCGAGUCCCCACCCUCCGUCCCCGAGGAGUGUGCCGAAGAGCUGCCCCUGCCCACCAACGGCUUCGGCGAGACCAACGGCAGAGAGCGAGCGCUAGAAAACGAGAGCGCCUCCGGGGUCCCGAAACAGAGCAAGAAGCAGCGUCUGUAGGAGGCGGGACUCCAGGCGUGGCCUGAACUGUGGCUGAAUGGAGCUUCCACCCCCCCUCUCCCCCCAGGAGCCCAGGCAAGACUCAGAUCCUUGUGCAAGGGCCCCUGCACAGCAAUACACGUUCUCCAUCCAAAUCUGGACCUGUUCUUACCCACCCACUGCGCCGGCACUACUCCCGUCUCAGUAGAUGCACAACCCCCCUCCCCCAUUUUUAUUUUUCCCCUCCCAGACAACUUCUGUUGCUUCCAGAACUGACUGUUAUUUUUAGACUUUUCAUAAUAACGGGAUUUUUAAAUACCGCCAUGAAUUUAUCUGAAUGAAUUUGUUCUGAUUUUUUUUGGGGGGGCCCCAUGAAAUGAAUUUUGGGGGGGCCCCCCACUUAUAUAUAUUUAUGGGUAGGAGCAGGCGUCCUCUGACAUAGCUGGUUCUGCUGCUCUGCCUAUUCUUUUUAUUUUU